AUGCUUUAAGAAUAAACAAAAUCAUUAAACUCAUAUCCUAAUCUUUAAGUACUUUGCAAAAAGGAUGAAAAGCAAAAGCAAUCUUUGGAAAAAUUGCUUAAACACAAACCUAAUGUAGUUAAGAGUUUGGACAUCUAUGCAUAAAAUAUUGAAGAAUAUUUGAAAGAUCAAAGGAAGAGGAUAGCAUACUUAAAAAAAAGAGAGGAACCUUACUACGAUUCUAGACCAAUCCAAGCUUAUGAUGAGGCACUUAUUAUGUAAUACAAUAGAGUUAAGGCUAAAUAAUUUUAUUUGCAACAAUCACAAAAAAAAUUAUCAUAACACCCAUCUCCUGAGUAACAACGCAAUAGAACACCCUCUAAAUAUUUUGAUAAGAAUUAUACUCCCUUGAAAAGAAAUGAAAGAUUUGAAAUUCCAUCCCUUCAACCUGUCAAUGUUUCACCUCCAAAAGAACUCAAACCCAUCCAAUUCAGAUAUAAUUAUACAAUGUAAGUAAAUGACCCACUCCUUAGAUAAGUUCUAAGUACUCGCUAAUAAUGGUUCGAGGUACCUAAUAGUUCUUUUGCCCAUUUGCAAUGGCUUACUUAACUCCUGGAUUUUAGUUGUCUUACAAAAUAGGAUGCUGUUUCCAAGAGAUAAAUGGUUAAUUUAAUGGAAUUUCAGCAUGAAUGGUCAGCUAAAUCUUAAUUAUACAACAAUCUUUGCUCCAUCUCACCAGAACAAGCAUUAAAGGUCCUACCACCAGGAUUUGUGUUAAAUUUUAAAAUAUCCUAAUGGGUUGAAGAUCUAGAUUUUCUUUAGGAUUAUUUAAUUGCCAAUUUUCCUCAAAAAGACAAACUAUAGAAAUUUCCAUUUUCUGUUUAUGUACCUAAUAAAGGAGGUUAUACAUAUAAUAAACAAAUUUCAAGGCUAAUUCAAGAUAUUCCUAAAUUUUGGAUUUGUAAAUCAUCUGUAGGCUCUGGAGCAAUGCUUAUAGAUGGCAUUGAUUAAUUAUAAACAUUUUUGAAUCAAUAAUACAAAGACUAAAAAGAAUUUGUGGUUUAAUAGUAUAUUACAAAUCCUCUAUUAUAUAAUGGUAAGAAGUUUGAUAUUUAAAUUAAUGUAUUGGUUAAUUAAGAGAAUUAAAUUUAUAUUUCAACAGAACCAACGGGAAGAUGUUGUUCGGUUAAUUACGAUCUCAAUUCGUUAGAUCCUUUUGCUCACACUAAACCAAAAUAAACCAUUUCUCAUCAAAAUUUAGUUGAAUUCUUGAGUUCAUAGGGAAUAACCUUGAAAGAUCUAUUGAAUUAAAUCAAGUCUUCAAUUUCUUUGCUUCCUUGUAAAUUAAAUAGAAGGUAGAGGAAAUACUGUAUGUAAAUUUUUGGUUUCGAUUAUUUACUUGAUGACACUAAGAAAAUUCAUUUAAUAGGAAUAAAUGCAAAUCCAAUUCAUACUUUUGCCGAAUUAGAUGGAGCUUUUAAAUUAACUAUAGAUAAAAUUUUCCCAAUCAAUAAUAAAAGUGAUGAUAAAUCAAUUUGGACUUCCUUAUUAUGA